GGUGCCAGGGGACUUGGUUGAGUCUCUCCCCCCACGUCUGGGUUUCAUGCGUUACCAAACCAAAAGCCUCCCCAAAUCUCCUGCUCCUGCCCCUUCCGAAAUGCCUUUUUCUCUGCCCACUUCUCAGCCUCAUGAGACCAGCACGAACCCUGCUCACUGCCCGCUAAGCAACCCCCAUGCCAAACCCCAUCUUCCAGCAUCCCUCCACUCAGGCCCCUCUGCCCUCGAAGCUACCCUCACAGAGCUUUCUCUGUCCACCCUGCGAGGCUCCCUCAGCUGGUACCUGCCACCAGGCCACCUCCGAGUCCCAAUAGUGCUUUGUGUCCAGGAGGGCCACCACUAGGACCAAAACAAGGCCCAGCUGGGGAACCUGAUUGAUAUUUGAUGAUUCAGCAGUAAACAGCAGGUUUUCCCAGGGAAAGUGGUGGGAAAAUACUAAAACCACUAGGACCCAUGACUAGAAAUCACGGGACAAAAGAGAAGUGUAGGUGAGCCCUGAGUCAGGCCAUUUAUCCAUUUUGCUUUGUAUUGUUCACACUGACAGGCAGCAGUGGCUCUCUAGGGUUUCAGAUGAGGAACAUUCCCAUACAUACAUACAUACAUACAUACCUGGAGAUGCCAUGGAGAAUUGAACCCUUUGUGGCAUCACAGUCAUGGCCACUGCUCUCCCUUUCUGUAGUUUUCGCACCUUGAAGGGGAUAAUCAAAAGUUCUGUGGAGCUCCAUUGAAGAUUUAUCAGGGAAUAGCAGGUGUUAGAAAUGUUUCUGCUGCAGUUUUCCUUUGCACCCCCUGGCACAGUUCAGGGCAGCAUGGUAUUGUCACAUCCCUGAAUCUGAUAUUGCAAGUGGAAAUGAUAAGAGGUGCAUGGCAAGUUGGUGCCUGGAUCACAGUAGCCCAGCCUCCCCCAGCCUGGCAGCCCCCAGAUGGCAGUGGUGGUCCAGUACAUGUGGUUGGGGAAGGCUGUGGUAGCCUGAUGAAAGAGCCGUGUGUCGAUUGCAUGUUCUUUGCGUGAUUGCUCAGCUGCCACCCCCUGUUUGUUGCUGAGUGUGUGGCGUGGAGACCUUCUCUUGCCCACAUGCCAGCCGUGUGCCACCCCUAUUCCCAUGCUGGAUCUUGCUGCCUUCUCUCCCCACCCCCAGCUGAUGCAUCUGUCCAUGUGGUGAUCUGAUGCUUGCUCAUCAGUAAAGGUCAUGGCCGAGUCCCUGGGCAGAGUAGGGGCUCCGCUUCCUCCUCACCAGCUGGUCUGCUGCCCAUGAGAGAAAUAGGUUAGGCACCAAAUGGACAGAUGGAUGGGCAGCUUUGAGGCAGCAGACAGCUGGUUUGACCCACUGGGGGAAGACAUUGCCCCGCCCCCCGGGCGUUUCCUUGCUUUUUGUCUGUGUUUGGGUGCUUGCUGUUUUCUCCCGAGCAGGAGCAUUCAUGCAACUUACAUGCAACUUUGCUCUGAAGAAGCAGGCAGACCGUCAGCAAGCAGCAUUGUCCAAGACAGUUCCUUCCUAGACAGCGGCCUGGGCAUGGAGGCAGAUUCUGUCUGUGGCACACUUGACACAUUUCCAUUUAAAAAGCAACCUGGACGGGGGGGGGGGACUUGAUAGAGUUUCGUGAAAUGUUUUGUGUGUGGGGAGUUUUCCCCCCUCCCUCUUGCCUAGUGCUAGAACCCCCUGAGUCCACACAGUGAAAUCAACUAGCAGCCAACUUGGGGCAGACUAUAUAUAAAGAGUUUUGUUCAAUUGUAUCUGGUACAUAAAUUGUCCAUAUAAUUUAUGGAAUUAUGGGAUUAGGACUGGUGAAUUCACAGCAGGGUUGGCGGAUGAAUCAUGGUUGUAAGGUAAGAACCCUUGACUGGUUGGUCUCUCUGGCAAAUAGGGUGCAGGAGGCUUCGACUUGAUCCAACAAAACACUUCUUGUAAUUGAGGUGGGGAAAAGGAUCCCUGGAAAUUAAACUAUGGAUUGGAAGCAGCAGCCUGGUUUCAUGAGGAAGUCGGUUGAGACUGACUGAUGACCCCCUAGACAUUGUGUUAAAAGGCCUAAAGUAGCCACUUCCCCAACGUGGUGCCCUCCAGAUGUUAGGGGCCACAGCUCUUACCAAUUAGCCAGCAAAGCCAAUGGGCAGGAUUGACGGUGGAGGGUUGGGAUCCAAAACAUCAUGGAGGCUGAGGAAGGUGCACACAGGCAGAGGAGAAGGGACAAUAUUGUGUAAUAAACCUGUACAGAAGGAGAGCCACCCGCCCUGCUUUCCUGUCUGAAUACGAAGCUUUUAGGAUUAAAGAGGCCAGAGAUUUGACAGGAAAGUUGGGCUUUUGAGAGGCACGUUAUCAGGUGGGAAAGAAGUGGCCUGGCGGGAUCCCUCGGCUUCCAGUUUGUUUCUGGGUCCAAUUCAAGGUGCUCAUUUUACCGUUCAAAGCCCCAAAUGACACAGGCCCCAAAUAUCUGAAAGGCCACCUCCUUCCCUACAAACUGUCCUGGAUGUUAAGAGGGGCCUGCUUGGUCGUACCACCUCGCAGAAGUUUGGGGGGAUGCCCAAGGGAGGGCAUUCUCUUAGGCAGCCCCUAAGUUGUGGAGCUCCCCACAGAGAGGCACCUUGCUUCCUCACUAUAUGGAUUUUUACACCUGUGUCACUUAAGCUGUGUGUUUUCAGGGCCCGCCCUAUUGUUGUGCGCUUAACAUGUUUUAACCAUUUUUAAUUCUGAAUUUUCCAUUCUUGUAACCUGCCCUGGGACCCGCUGGUGAAGGGCAGGGAAUAAAUUUAAUAAUAUUAAUAGUAAUAAGUAGGCAUUGUGGCAAGGCUUUCCAAGGUGCAAGUGGGCUGCCUCACAGACAGGUAAUGCUGGAAAAAUGGGGAGUGGGGGCAGAAAGCAAGCCUGUGGUAGAGAAACUUGGAGCAGGAAGAAGGGUCUGUGCUGGGUGCCGAAGAGGGCAGGCAAUGACUGAGGAAGACUUGAUAUUAUAAUCUGCCUUUUGAGCAGCAGAGUUUGGCUCUGAAAGCCAUAUUGUGUAACUAUGUGUGGUUUGUAAUGCAAGCCAGCCAGCAAGCGCCAGGUUCUUGCAGCGGUUGUUGCUGCCACCUCCAGAUGGGAAAACACGUGGAUCCUAUUUCUGAAUAGUGGGACUUCUCUAGUGCUGGGUUAACAGGUGUUCAGGCCCUCCUGGCAUUAGCUCUUAACAUUUGCCAGGGAAAGAGUGGUGUUUGGUUGCAUCUAUAUCAGGAGUGGUUUUUCUGUUAAGUCUUGAGAUGCCAUGCGGAUUGGUUGGCCGCUAAAUGAGGUAGAAUGCAGCGUUUGGUUUCUUGCUUAUUGACAAAGGUUGUGCUGCUAUAAAUCUUUAAAUAAACCUGCAGAAUAAAAUGACCGUGAAUAUUAACUUUGUGUUUUCUUUUUCUUUCACUCUCUAGCAAAACUGUACAAUCUAAGGUGGACUGCAUUUUGUGAUCAGCUGUCUGUGUCAUCCAGCCGCGCCCAGCAAAUGCACGCCUUCUCCUGGAUCCGUAACACCUUAGAGGAGCACCCGGAGACAUCCCUCCCCAAGCAGGAGGUGUAUGAUGAGUACAAGAGCUAUUGUGACAAUCUUGGAUACCAUCCGUUAAGUGCUGCUGACUUUGGGAAGAUCAUGAAGAAUGUCUUCCCCAACAUGAAGGCUCGCCGUCUAGGCACAAGAGGAAAAUCAAAGUAUUGCUAUAGUGGACUUCGGAAGAAAGCUUUUGUGCAGAUGCCGACACUCCCCAACCUUGACUUCCACAAAACUGCCGAUGGGCUGGAAGGGGCAGAGUCCUCUGGGCACCUGCAGAGUGCUGACGAAGAGGUGGUGUCAGCUGCCUGCCAGCUGGUCUGCCAGUGGGCCCAGAAAGUGCUCAGCCAGCCCUUCGAUUCCGUCUUGGAUCUGGCCCGCUACCUGGUUAAAAGCCACUACAUAGGCACUAAAUCAAUGGCAGCUUUAACCGUGAUGGCUGGUGCCCCGGCAGGAAUCAAAGGGAUCCCCCAGCCUUCGGCUUUUGUCCCAACCGCGGAGAGCAAUUCCUUCCAGCCCCAGGUGAAGACUCUGUCCUCCCCAGUUGAUGCAAAGCAGCAGCUGCAACGGAAGAUCCAGAAGAAGCAGCAGGAGCAGAAGCUGCAGUCGCCUUUGCCAGGAGAGUCCCCGGCCAAGAAGGUGGAGGGCACCACCAGCAAUGGGGUCACCAGCCUUUCCAACGGGAGCCCAGCCAUCUUGUCUCCUCAGCCGAUUGGCAUUGUCGUGGCUGCUGUUCCCAGCCCUAUAACGGUGCCGAGGACCCGGCAGUUGGUGACGUCGCCUAGUCCUGUGGGCUCAGCCGAUGGCAAAGUUCUCCCACUCAACGUCCAAGUGGUCACCCAGCAUAUGCAGUCGGUCAAGCAGUCACCAAAGACCCCCCAGAAUGUUCCCGCCAGCCCUGUUGGUGAUCGUUCUGCCAGGCACCGGUACCCUCAGAUCCUGCCCAAGCCUGCCAACACCAGUGCCCUCACCAUCCGAUCCCCAACAACAGUGCUGUUCACAAGCAGCCCCAUCAAGACCGUUGUCCCUGCUCAGCACAUGAACGUGGUGAAAAUGACCACCAUCUCCCUGGCUCCGAGCAGCAGCAACACCGGCAGCACGCCGGUCAAGCACACGCCUUCAGUUGUCAGCGCUUCCGGAGCAGCCGAAGAGCUGAGGACUGUCCCGCAGAUUCAGAAUGGGUCCGUCGUUUCGCUUCAGUCUCCAGGGCCCAAAGCUGGUGGCAGCGGAGGAGCAGCAGGAGGAGGCUUGGCUCCCUCUGCAUCUUCAGUAGAGGUCAAAAUGGAGCCAGAGGCAGCCCUGGACGAGACAGUGCUGCGGUGCCAAGAGAACUCAGACGCCUCUAAAGUUGCAAAGGUUGCUCUGAGCACCUCAGUUGGGCAGCAGAGGAAAGGUGAAGCAGAACUGUGGAAAGGUCAAGCUGAGGAGCUCCGCGGAGAAGGGAAAUGUGCCCAGGGCUGUGACCCGAGAGCUGAAGAGGCAGGAAGGAAAAGCCUUGCCCAGCCCACUGAAUCCCGCCCUGUUCCCACAUUGGAGAUCAAUCCUGGCACGGUCACUCCCUCGGUUGCCAUGCAGACCUUCUCUGCCACCAGCAUCCCUGUGCCUCCCGGUGGUGACAAAGUGUGUGCUAAAAGCCCAAGGAAGCGGCUGCCGUCUGCCUUUACAGACUCCCAGGGCCCCCCAGUCAAGAAGCUCUCUGUGGGGCAGGUCUCUGCAGCCAGCACAGAAGCCCCAAAAGUGGGAGGUGUGAAGAAAGUGCAGCAGAGAGUGGUGGCUGUGGCCAAGAGCGAAGGGGCUGCAACACUUGUGCAGGUGCCUGGCAAGGUGACCAUCAAAGUCCAUUCGGUGCCCAGCAGCUUAGUGACCGCUUGCCCCCUGGACGCCGACCUUGUUCUUGGCUCCAGCGAUUCCACUUCAGGGCAGCAGCUGGCAGACUCCUCUUCAGACAUCAAAGUGAAGUUGGAAGGGAACGUGUUUGUCUUAGAAAGCAGUUCUCAGCCCAGUGACGGCUUUAGCCCCAACAUAUGGCAGCAUCUUGCAAAGAGCUCCGAUUUCGUCCCUCUGAACUGCGAGCAGCAGUCACUGCAGGAGGAUGUCAAUGUUAUGGCUCUAGCGGAACACGCUGGUGGCUCGGAGGCCUUGCCGAAGUCUGUCUGGGAGCCAGUGCACUUUGAAGAGCUCCAGCAGGCAGCUGCCUACGGCCAGCAGGUGCAGAGCCAGGGGCCAGAGCCCUCUCUGGAGCAGCAGCUGCAAUCACAGGUGCCAAGCCAGUUAGCUUUGCAGCCGGAGCUCAAGGAGUUUGAGGAUGCUGCCUCGCAGUCCAACGAGAACUUCUUCUCCUUCGACGACGACCUGACCCAGGACAGCAUUGUGGAGGAGCUGGUGCUCAUGGAGGAGCAGAUGUCCAUGAACAGCUCUCACCUGUACGGAAGCUCCCUGGGCAUGACCCUCCAGAGCCAGGGGGCGGCCCAGGGGGCAUCCCUGUCCUCUCACACGAGCAGCGCCCACUUCUACCACCCGAUCCACAACAGCGGCACCCCUGUCCACACCCCAACUCCCACGCCCACCCCAACACCUACACCCACGCCCACUCCGACGUCCGAACUUAUUGCGGGAUCGCAGGGCGUGUCGCGAGAGAGCCCCUGCUCCAGGAUGGCUCAGACGACGCCCGUCGACAGUGCCCUGGGGAGCAGCCGGCACACACCAAUCGGCACACCCCAUUCCAACUGCAGCAGCAGCGUCCCGCCGAGCCCCGUGGAAUGCAGGAACCCCUUUGCCUUCACGCCCAUCAGCUCCAGCAUGGCCUACCAUGAUGCUAGCAUCAUCUCCAGCAGCCCUGUCAAGCCCAUGCAGCGGCCCAUGGCCACGCACCCUGACAAAACCAAGCUGGAGUGGAUGAAUGCCGGGUACAGUGGAGUGAGCAACCCACCCGUCUCCAGCCAUGCGAUCCUCCCGAGCUACCAGGAGCUGGUGGAAGACCGCUUCAGGAAGCCCCAUGCCUUUGCCGUUCCCGGCCAGUCCUACCAGUCUCAGCCGCGGCACCACGACGCCCAUUUUGGUCGCGUGACUCCUGUUUCUCCCAUCAGCAGCGCUGGCAGCAAGCAGGAGGGCUUCGCUGUGCCUGCACCCCUCGAUGGCAAAGGGGCGGGUUCCUCCCAUAACAGCAGCUUCAGGUGCCGGAGCGUCAGCCCUGCCGUCCACCGCCAGCGCAAUCUCAGUGGGAGCACCGCUUGCCCUGCUGGCAAUGUGCUGCGCUCCAGCACGGCGACAGCCGCGACCGCAGCGCCCUUCGGCAGCCCCGUCACCCCUGAAGUCCACAACGCGUUCAGCACCGUCCACGCGGACGCGAGUGCCAGCAGCCUUGCGCAGAGGAGCCAGUCAGUCCCCUUGACCGUCAUGAUGCAGACGGCUUUCCCGCCUCCUCAGAAUCAGGCAAAUUCUAAGAAGAUAACAAACGUCUUGCUGAACAAGCUCGAUUCGGAUAACGAUGAUGCAGUGAGGGGCCUGGGAAUCAACAACAUGCCUUCCAACUAUACAGCCAGGAUGAACCUGACCCAGAUUUUAGAAACUUCCUCUUCUACGUUUCCGAGUGCCAACGGCCAGAACGUGCUCAGCCCCAGCCCUUCGGUUUUCGAAUUCCAAACACCAAGUUACCUCACGAAGAGCAGCAGCGCCGAUCACAACCCUUUUGCUCCUGCAGAUAACCAAGCACAAUCGGAGCCUCUGGAGGAGGAGGAGGAGCAGCAGCAGCAGCAACAACAAGAGCUGGAUUUCAGCAGCACCGUGAAAGACUUCCUGGAUGAGGGCAGCCUCCAGAGUAGCCAGCAGCUGGCCAACCAGGUGGCUUCUGAUCUCAGCAAUGUGGCCUCUGUCUUCUCCAACGACAUCAGGUUGGGUUCUGAGCUCUCGGGCAGCAUUAAUGAUUUGAACACGCUGGACGCAAACCUGCUCUUUGACCCGGCUCACCAGCAGGGCCAGGACGAUGAAGCAACACUGGAAGAAUUAAAGAACGACCCCUUGUUCCAGCAGAUCUGCAACGAGUCCAUUAACUCAAUGACUUCGGCAGGUUUCGAUUGGAUGGAGAGCAAGGACCAUCCUGCUGUUGAAAUGUUGGGUUGAAUCUUUUUCAUAAAAAAAAGAUAAAAAAAUUAAAUAAAUAUAUGUAAUAUGAUGUAUGUAGCACACUGUAUCUAAAAGACAGACACACUCUUUGUAUUUGUCUUAAUGGAAGUGCCUCCCUGCAGCAGAAACAUUGACUAUGACUUAAUUGUGGCAUUUUUACGAAACAAAAAAAAAAAACACCCAACAACCCACACCUUUGCUCCACCAGCUGCUCUAUUCUUCAGCAGGGAAUAUUCAGUCUUACCCAUUUUAAAGACUUUUCUGAAGGAUACAGCCUGAUCCAGAGCCAGUAUUAGAUUUUAAAAUUUUUACUUAUCGAACAGCAUUUUUUUUUGCUGUUGCAAAAGAAAAAAGGUGGCCGGGGAGGUUCCAAGAGUGUAGUGAGUCUAAAAUGCAAAGGAAAGGGGCUCAGCAGCUCCACAAGCAGUGUUACCUGGCUGCUGCUCCCUCUGUGCAUUUCAGUCAGUGCCGCCCUGAGUCCCUUGUAGGGCUGCUGUUCUCUGGGUUACCAAGCAAGCUGCACUGGAAGGAGUGGAGGCCACGCAGCAACCGUGUUCCUCGGAUGGAGGGGGCUACGUGCACUUGGGUGUGGACACGGGGCCCUUGCACAUGCUGGUGCAUCCCUUGCACACAUCUGUGAGGAGCGAGCCUGCAGAGGAAACGGGAAGCGGUCCAGGAGGCAAGAGUUCCCUGUGUAUAUCAGCACAGGUUGCUUGAUUGGGUGAUGAACUUUAAAUGGCUGCUUCCCAAAGGUUCUGGGCUCACUAUCACCUCCUAUGUUUCAUUGCUGUUAGAGAACCACAGAUGGGGGGGGGGUCCCCAGCUGUGGAUAAUGGCGGAGGAAGACUUGGGUAAAAACUGACCAUACAGCUUAGAAGGCGGAUGGUGUGAGAACGCUAUACUUAGACACCAAUACAACUUAAAAUGACAAUAAAGGGCUAAAAUGGGGAGUGACAGAUAGGAACUAUCAAGGAAUGAGAAAGAAGCACUAAAAUUUUAUUGGAAAGUGUGUGGGGGUGUGUGUGUGUGCUUAACCGCCUUUAGUUGCUUGAAAAUCUCAGCUUAAAAAUCUAUCUGUUUUUAUUGGUUUUAAUAUCCUUGAGAGGAAAUGUAAUUCUGAGCCUUGAGACAUCAUAAGACUUCAUUCCGUUCUGUUUCCUAUUUAUUUAUCAGAAUUGGAGCAACCUGAAGUUAAGGUGGAAAUGGCCCCAACCCAUCCAUUCUCACUUGUAAACAACAUUUGGGGUGCAGAAAAGCAGUUGCCUCUUCGCUGAUGUGCUCUUUCCUGAGAAGCUGAUAGAAAGAACAAUUUUCAUAGAGCCAUAAGUGCUACCAGAUGCCAUGGGGUACAAACAUGCCAUGGGGUGUAUGUCAGAAGUUACCCUACGCAAACCCAAUGGAAGUGAAUGGAGAAAGAUGCAUAGGUUUCUUGGUGCCCCAUUUCCGCCUGUUGCAAGCGGAUGCGCCCAGCAGGAGCUGCCUGGGGAGUGUGGCCAUUGCCUUUCAAAGGGCUGUGAAGAGAAAACAGACAGCCAUUAGCCAGCUGGGGCCUUACUCAGGCAGAAGGAUCUGUGCCAGAACUGUGACUUCACCUGGGAAACCUUUUGCCAGAUCCAUUGUCCAAGGCUGCAGGAUGCUGUUCCCUGGGCGCUUGUGCUGUGUUUGCUUCCUCUUGUAACAUGGGCUGAUCAUUUUGCACCUGCCAAAACCCAAGUAAAGUGUCAGGGCCAGAAUAUCACUGGGAAGGAGAGAAAGAGAGAGGAGCCGUUGCAAAUGGCUGCCCAUGAGACAAAGCAAGCAAAAAAACGCACCAGCCAGUCAUGGCAGGCUUUUGAGACUACCAGCUGGUCAGACGUAGAUUGUGCCCUGAUUGUUGGCACAUGUAGGGCAGUUCCAGAGCGAAAGGUUUCAGGGCAGCAGUUCUGGUUAAUGUGCUCGUGGGGAGGAAGUUUUCCCAGUGUUGUUGUGCCUCUUUGCAUUCAAGUUGCUGGAAUCCAGGCCUCGUGACAAUAUUCAUUUCAGGCCCCACAAAAAUGUUGCCCGUGUGGGGUUGCCAGAGUCUUACUCCAUGUACGUGAGCCAUAGCCAGCCCCUUUGGAGUCUGUGGGGUGGGGGGCAGGGAGCAAGGGCCAUGGGGAGUUUCCUGGCUCCUUGUGUGUGCCUGGAGUUAAGGCAGCAGUAUAUAGAAAAGUUGGCUUUGGAGGCGAGGGCAAAGCAGCAACUACUCACCUGGGUACCCCAGAGGAUUCCACAGCACAUGCACCCAGUGUAUUGUGGUGUUUU